AUGGAAACAGGUGUAGCGGAAACGUUCAGAAAUGGGAUAGUUUUAAUUACAGGAAGUACUGGAUUUUUGGGGAAAAUUCUCACUGAAAAGUUACUCAGAUCAUGUACUGUCAAAAAUAUUGUGGUGCUUGUCAGACGUAAGAAAGAACUCAAUGCCAGUCAAAGGGUUGCAAAAAUAUACCAACAAACUCUAUUUGAUCGAAUUCGUCAUGAAAAACCAGAUUUUAUAAAAUCCAUUAAAAUUAUUGAAGGGAAUUUAGAGGAAUCAUCGUUGGGAUUAUCGUUAAACGACCAUGACUGGAUGAUAGAAAAUGUUAACUUCGUUUUUCAUUGCGCAGCAACGAUUAAAUUCAACGAAACUCUCGAGUUGGCAUCAAAAAUAAAUAUCCAAGGGACUGAACAUUUGUUAGCAUUAGCGUCAAAAAUGAAAAAUCUUAAGGGUUUUGUGCACGUGUCCACUGCUUAUUCGCACUGUCCGAGAAAAGAAAUCAAAGAAGAAUACUACACCGUCCCGGUCACAGUUACGGAGCUGAAAAAUAUGUUGGUUGACAACGUACCGACUCCAGAAAUCAUAGAGGAUUGGCCCAAUACGUACACUUUUACGAAAGCGGUCGCGGAAAACAUGAUACUGACAAACGAAAACCGCUUGCCGAUAUCAAUAUUUCGUCCUUCGAUUAUCGGAUGCACGAAAUCCGAACCGGAACCUGGCUGGUUGGAAAACAUGAACGGACCCACAGGUCUGAUUUCCGGGGUCAUGGUUGGAUUUUUGAGGACGGCGCCAAACAUCGGGAGCAAUAUAACGGACAUUAUCCCUGCCGAUUACACCGUCAACGCAUUGAUUAGCGUCAUGUGGGACACGGUUAACAGACACAAACAGUGGAAUGGAGUGAACAAGGUACCGAAAAUAUAUAAUUACGUUUCGUGUGUCGAAAGCCCUUUGACAUGGGGAAGAUAUAUCAGAGAAAUGCACGAUCAAUACUACGUAGCUCCUCCUUUGCAAUCGAUGUGGUACGGUUUUUACAUUCUCUAUACGAAUUUCAUGGUCGGAAGUAUUUUGAGAUUUUUCUUGCACCGAAUACCAGGUGCAUUUAUGGAUUUGAUGUUAAUUUUGUGUGGUAAAUCUCCCAAAAUGUUAAGAAUGUAUGCAAAAACAGAAAGUAUGGUCGAUUUACUCUACGAGUUUUCUGUAAACCAAUGGAAAUUUGACAAUAAAAAUACUAGACAAUUGUGGUUGUCACUAAGUAAAGACGAUCGCAAUAUGUUCCAGUUCAGCUUAAAAUCAUUUGAUUGGAAGUCGUAUAUAGAAAGCUAUUAUCACGGUAUCAGAAAACACAUACUUCACGAAGACCUAAGCAACGUUGAAGAGGCGUUAUGGAAAAAUAAAAAGUUAUUGAGGCUGCAUCAGUUGUGUGUUGUUCUAGUUAUUUAUAUUACAUUCAAUUUGUGUUGGAUGUUUAUGAAUUAUUUGUUUUGA